AGAGGCUGUGACUGGAUGCCAGGCCUGCAAGAUUUUCAGAGUGAGCUACAUUUGCCAACCUGACAGCAGGAACAUGGCCCAGCCUUUGGAUUUUCUAUUGGUUUCAAUCUGCCUGUUUCACAGCCUUUUCAGUUUUCAAGUAGAAGAUUAUUAUGCACCAACUAUAGAGUCUUUAAUUAGAAAUCCAGAGACAGAAGAUGGUGCAUGUGUCUUUCCGUUCUUGUAUAGAAGUGAAAUAUUCUAUGACUGUGUCAAUUUCAAUCUGAAACACAAGUGGUGUUCUUUGAACAAGACUUACCAAGGUUACUGGAAAUACUGUGCUCUUUCAGACUAUGCUCCAUGUGCCUUUCCCUUCUGGUACAGACAUAUGAUCUACUGGGAUUGCACAGAGGAUGGAGAGGUGUUUGGGAAAAAGUGGUGUUCACUCACCCCAAAUUACAACAAAGACCAAGUUUGGAAAUAUUGUAUAGAGUGAUGAGAUUUAUUGGAUAAUGGUGAUGAUAAUGAUGACAACAACGACAAUAAUGAAGAUAACUGGUUGUAGAGAGAAGGAAGAAAAAUGCAAAUUCUUUUUGGAAAGGACUUUCCCUCCUGAAGAGGUUGAAUCUUCAUUAAAAGUUUUUGUUAAAAUUUAAAGCUUUUUUCUGAGAUGCAAGUUGAAGAUGCUCUGACUAUAGAUAACUUAGGGUAUAGAUUAUGACUAUAGAUAACUUAGGGUAUAGAUUAUGGGUUGUGGGAUUUAAGAUGGAGCGUUAUUCUUCAACCACCACUUUCUAUUUGCUAGGCAUAUAAAUUGAAGCCAUUAAAAAUCAUACCAGUGUGA